UCACAGAGCGACACUCCCUUUUCCCCCAGCAGAGGCAGAAAGAUGGCGCCCACACACGUACUGAGAUGCUGUCAGCGGGGUUUAGCGUGGAUACCUGUGAUUUUCAUCGCCCUGGUCGUCUGCUGGUCGUAUUACGCCUACGUGGUGGAGCUCUGCGUGUUGACCAUCCCCAGUAUAGGAGAGAAGAUUGUCUACCUGAUCUUCUUCCACAUCUCUUUCAUCCUGUUUGUAUGGUCUUACUGUAAGACCAUAUUCACCCAGCCUGCCAACCCCUCCAAAGAGUUCUGCCUGCCCAAAGCUGAGAAGGAGCGUUACGAGAAGGAGGGGAGGCCAGAGUCCCAGCAGGAGAUCCUGUGGAGAGCCGCCACCAGCCUGCCUCUGUACACGCGCACAGGCGCCGGAGCGAUCCGCUACUGUGACCGCUGUCAAGUGAUCAAGCCCGACCGAUGUCACCACUGCUCCGCGUGCGACAUGUGUGUGCUGAAGAUGGACCACCAUUGUCCCUGGGUGAACAACUGCGUCGGAUUCUCCAACUACAAGUUCUUCAUCCUCUUCCUGGCUUACUCGCUGGUGUACUGCUUGUUCAUCGCGGCCACCGUGCUGCAGUAUUUCAUCAAGUUCUGGACACUUUGCCGGAGGAAAUCGGCAGAGAACUGCCCAAAGAAUGAGCUGCCAGACUCUCACGCCAAAUUCCAUGUCUUGUUUCUCUUUUUUGUGGCGGCCAUGUUCUGCAUCAGUAUUCUGUCCCUCUUCAGCUACCACCUGUGGCUGGUGGGGAAGAACAGGUCCACAAUAGAGGCGUUCAGAGCACCAGUCUUUAGAUCAGGCUCCGAUAAGAAUGGCUUCUCUCUCGGUUUCCGGAAGAAUAUGGCUCAGGUCUUCGGUGACCAGAAGAAGUACUGGCUGCUGCCCGUCUUCACCAGUCAGGGGGACGGUCUGACGUUCCCAGCACGGCUGGUCAACGCGGCGGAUGUGGAGCAGGCCGCAGUGACCCUGCAGCCGGAGCCUAGUAAAAGUGCUGAUGAGAUCCCUGUGAGCCCCGUCACCGAGGCCCAGAACCGCCUCCUGAGCAACGACCAGCACGCCAACAACAUCGGAGACCAUCAGGCCAAUCACAUCCUUAAACCAGCUGAAAGUGAAACCAUCACAAUCUCCAUGGAGGCCGGGUCCUAACCAGGUGAACGAGGAACUCCUCAGUCAUCGGCUGUGAUGCCUUAAGCAACGCAACGGUUAAGUUUGCUACCAUGGCAACGGUCUGGCAGCGCAACCCCCAUCCCCACGGACCCCUUCGCAGCGACAACGGAAAUGCAUUUUUGUUUUCGGCCAUCGCAUUAAUGCGUCAAUGUCAACGGCAUUUUCGCAUGCAGCGUUGUGAGUCUCACACCAACCGCCAUCGGACCCUCUCACACUACAACGCACAAAUAAAUACACGCACACAUUCUAAUACCCGUAUUUUUCAACGGUACACAUUAUUCUUUGUUAUAUUUACUUUUUCUUUUGUGGAGCAUUUAUUGAUGAUGAGAACAUUCAAGAAUCCCAGUAGGAAUUUGGGGUUACUUUUGGUGGUACCAAAUGAUGCAGAAAGCUUCCUUGGUGCAUCAGGACUCAUUUUAUCAGCUCAAAGCUGCAGUGAAGAGUGUGCGACAAGCUGGAGCGGCGUGUUGGUUCUCCCUUGCAGUUUUUUCAUUUUACCCGCGUGCCAGUUUCUUUACUUUUGUAUUCAUAAUGUUUGAGGGCAUCUGUGGUGGGCAACUUUUUCAGAUGGAUGUUUCCCAUCAAAACCUGGGCUAUCUCACAGGGCACUCGUCUGCAUGAUUCAGUGGACUGAACCAAUGCAUAACAGGAAGGUUUGUAGCUGGGUUUUGGAUAGUGGAUCAUCACAGCACAAGGUGGUGCAUUUGCACUUUCUAGACUAUCAACGUCCAUCAAAUAACGUGCUGCUUUAUUUGAAUAAUAGCAUCCAAAAAGCAUCCCGUGUGUACCGGAUGUUGGAUGAUCAUGUAACUCAUGGCAUAUCGUUGGUGAGAAUGUGUGGUACAGUUGAAGUGCUUUUAAAAAAGAAAUAACGCCAACUAGAGGAAUCUGUGUGAAAUGUUUUUUGUGUGGCCAACUUGUGUUAAAUCGUUCCGUUUAAAAAUGACCUAGAAGAUGCAUUACAAAGUGCAAUAUGCAGCGUCCUUCGCUACCUUUUUUGCUUUCACACUCUGAGUUCUUCAUAUCGCCGAACAGUGAUUCUCAGCAAUGUCUCCGGCCUGUUUUUGUACAGCUCACUCUUUCAGCCUUUUACUAAGACACCAACUCUCAUUGCCAAAUAAGGGCUGAACUGUCGGGACCUCUGACCUCUGAAACUGAAGUGUUUACAACAUCCUAGCUUUAUUUCAAACUCACUGGUCAAUGUUGUCAUAACCAAAUUCUCAAGGUCGUGGCGGCGCAAUAUUUUCUACAAGGUUUGUCUGUCCAUGAUGUCCUCGCAAUACUAGUGCUGGCCGGCAGGUGGCGACAUCGCGCCUGUUAUCCUCCUCCGGAUGGACGAACUCAUCAACAUGUCGCUCUAGGCCCUAUUCAUUUGUGGUCUGAUUUACAGAUGAAGAUUUCUUCAGGAUUAAAUAUUUGAUUUAGAUUAUUUUUGAAGUGUUGAAUAUGCAUUAUGUUCCUGUAACAAUUCCCCCGGAUGUGUUUUGUAAUGGCAAGUUGGGUGUGGACUACGGCUUCUCCUCACCUCGUGUACGCAGUGUGUCCUCGGGAGUCAGAUCCGCGUUGUGACCUUGAACUGUUCAAGGAGGAAGAAAUCUGAAUCGUAUUAAAUUACUGCACAUGAUAAUAUCUGUGUAAAAAAACAAUGGAUCAUUUUGUCAGUGUAACCAAAAAACAAAGGAUUUAGUUGCAUCCUUUCUCAAAUGAUUUAGGGGGGUUCUAUUUGCAUUGGAAGGAUGCCCAGAAAAUUCCUGACAACUGAACAUGAUCCCUGACUGUUGCUGGAAGGAGCCUCCUACCAACUACAUCCCCCCCAAUGGGUGGUGUUCAAGUUUACAAUAGUGUCUAUGGUGUAGUGAGUUGAUGGUGUCGUACAGUAAUCAUUGUCUCAGUGUUUCUGAAUGUACCAGAGAUGGGACAGUGUUUGUUCAAAUGACGGAAAAUGAAAAUCAGUCUAUUAAUAAUAAUAACUCUUUGCCAAACAGUGAUUGGUGGAUAAGUGUUAACUAAAUGUAAGAAUCGUGCUGAUGUGGGGGUGGGGGGGGCUAAAUAUGAGGAUUACACUGUGGUUCAACCUCAGAGUUCAUGAUUCAAGCCAAGGUUAUGUUCCAAUCAUGUCGAUCUUUUCUAACCCUCACUGAACAUUUACUUGUAGAAAAAGAUGUUUUGCAUCCUGGGUAAAGACUCGUUCAGUCUUCUUAAACCCACUGAUCCUGGAACACUGUCCCGUUUUACCAAAUGCCUCGAGCGGUUUGGCCUUCAGACUGAAGUGUGUGUUUUGUAGUGCUUAAUUGAGUGUUAUUUUGUAAUAUUGUUGUCUCGGAAGGAAUGUUUCUGUGCAGCCGUGAGAUUUUUACACGUCAGUGUACAUAAAUAACGUUGGCCUAUUGCUGGAAAGCAUGGCGCCUAAAAUGUACGUAAAAAUGUAUUUUACCAUUAUUAUGGGGGUUAUGGUGUUUUAAAAGCUUUUUUUUUCAAUUAAUGCUAGAUGCAUCAUGAUUUAAACAAGCUUCACUCUGGUUUGUCUCAAUUUUAUAAAAGCCAUAAAAACAGCUGUGAAAAGGAUUUUUUUGUUUUAUAAAUAACCAUUUUACAUCUGUAUUCAGUGUGGAUGUAGCUUAUAACUUGCUUCGCUUUUUGUUUUUUGUUACAAUAUCAUAUUUUACAGUAUGUGUGUGUGUAUAUAUAUAUAUAUAUUGAUAAUGUAAGAAAAACGACAUAUAUAUUUUUCUUGUCUGAUUAAUUUUACUGUUCCUACUUUGUCAAUGAAGUAAAUGCCUCUACACAACGAGAAAAUAACAAUAAAUGGGUUUUUUAAACCUCCCAGAUUUCUUU